CUUGAACAAAAACGUUACACAUGAUUUCGCUUUAACAAAAGCAACGAAUCAAUUGAGCUUCGCUUCGCAAGAAUAAGACACGGAUAAGAAUUCGUUCACAACUUGGGCUAAAAAGAGCGUGUUUUUCUAAUUAUAUUUCUCUCAGCCUUGUUAUCUUGUCCUUAUCAAGGGGGCUAAUCAUGACCACUUCCAGGUAUUUGACAGUUCUGCUCUGUAUAACAGCAUACCAUCUCUCUAAGGCUGCCGACCCCUCAAACUACGUGGAGAUCACUUUCGGUAUUCCAUGGAGAGAAUUCUGCAAUCUUGAAAGCUACUUCAAAAAGGGAAUAUCUAACGAGCUGUUGUACGAGGACGGCCCCGAAAUCGGCACUGAAGUCAAAGCCAACAAAAUCGUCAUUUUCAACUUCGCUGAGAGCUGCAUCGACAAGAACAAAUCAAGUUCAGAUGCCAACGUGAAGUUUUAUAUCAGUCAAGCGUCCAGCAAUAACAGUGACGAUAUUGAUGUCAAGAUGACGAAGAAAGCUUACCGUGUGCUGAAUUACUACAAGGAAAACAGUUUGGAGCAGUACCUUGGAACCCUCUUCAAAAACAAGAUAAAAACAGUCGGAGGCAAAGACGUGGCGGACCCGAAGGCUGCCGACAAGCUGACGGAAGUUGAACGACUUUAUAUCGGGUUGGGUGUCGGGCUUGCGAUCCUACUCGUCAUUGUCAUCAUAUCGGUGAUCGUCGCGUUUUGCUGCAACAAGAACAAGAAGGCCGAUGCUGGUAAUUCCUACAAUGCUGGUAAUGGAAGGCGGGAUUCCGCUCGUCAGAACAAAGCAUUCAGUGCCGAUAAUGAGCCCGCAGUCACCGUCCACGGGGAUUCCUACAGACCUGCGGAGUCCACACGAUUUUAAGAAGAGCUCAUCUCUUUUCAGGGACUUCAUCAUGAGUUGCGCAUUUUUACGCGUGAAGCUUUAAGUAUCCAUUAUGCCACGCUAACAGCAAAACACUAUAAUCAUUUUAAUAUAUCAAGCGUAUAAGCAAAAGAGAAAUACAAGUUUAUGUGGAUUCUUAAGGUCAGUUUCCGUCCUUUCUAAUGGUAGUUUGCUGGACUUAGUAAUCGUAGUUGACGGAAAACUCAUGACGACCCUCUAAGGAAAGCGAACAUUAGACCUCUGAGGAAGAAAGACUGACUUUCCAUCUCGCUAUUUUGAUUACUCUUUUACAAUUCAUUAUUUUUAGAUGAAAUAAGACACGAAGAAAAGGGGAAUUUGCGGCCUCGUCAACAUGUCAUUAUCAAAAUAGAACCAGGAAAUGAAUUGUUUAAGAAUCUUUAAGAGGGUUUAAUUUCAUUUGAGCAAUCCAUAUUUUGUGUCAUGUGAUCGUAUUUGUUUUGCUCCAUUUUUUCAUUUCAUAGUUAGAGACUUUGUGUGUGGGCUAUGUACAGAUAUUUUACGCUCUUAUGAUAUUCUCUGAAUGGGCAUUUUUGUAUAAGGACUGAUUUGAGACAAAGGCUCAUCCAUCUUUGGCGAACAAAGCCGUUCUCAACGGGCUCGUUUCUGGUUACGAUUUGGACGCGACGCCCUGGGUCCCAUGAAUGAGACUCUUCUCUGAUUCAAAUAACAUAUUAAUAGAGAAUUGCACUUACUCUUUAUAUUCACCUAGGAUUUGUUUUAGUUAAUUCUUAAUCAAUUUCGAAUAAAGACUUUGCGUUUU